AUGGGGGGGAUCGGGCCUCUCCAAAACCACGAGGGGAAGAUGGAGAGUGUGACGCUCGCAAGUAGGAUCCGAGCGCACGACGAGAUGAUCGCCGCGAUACUAGAAGGCGAGACCAGAGGCGACGGGAGCAGCGGUUUAAUGGACCAGCAGAAUGCAAAGGGAGGAGUCUAUAAGAAGCCUGCCCGCUACAAGGGGAAGGGGAAGGGGGCGCGGCUAGCCAUUAUGAACUAG